AUGCCUAGUUUUUCACUUGGACUUGGUCUUGGUCUAACACAAGAGUUUCAGGAAGGAGAUGAAAGCAGUGAAGAUGAACACAUGAAGAAAGAAAUAAAAAAUGAAAAACUUGAUGAAGGAGAAAGUUAUGAUUUAGAAGAAACAGAAUGUGACAAUAAUAUCUUGGGAAUUGAAGAUGAUGAAGACAAAAAAAGAGAAACUAAGAGAGGUUAUGUGCUUGGAAGAGGAAUGAUUGAAACAAUGCAGGCAGGAUUAUGGGUACAUGCACAUGUCAUUGAUGCUUGGACUGAUAUUUUGAACUAUGAAGAAAAGCUUAAAUCAAAUUCUACAGUGAAUCGGUAUUUCUUUGAUACAUCAAUGGUGAGACAGUUCAUAUUUGACAAAAAUAUCCCUUUCAAUGAAAGAUUUGAUAAAUUUGAGUCAAAUAUCAAAGAUGCAAUGAAAAAGGACAAAAAACUUCUGACAUUUGAAAAAGUUCACUUGGUGUUUUUCCUAGUUCAUCAAAAAAAUCACUUUUACAUCAUCUGCAUAAACUUAGACGAACCAGCGGUUGAUGUCAUUGACAAUAGGAAUUCAGUUGCAAAGAUUCCUAGAGCUUAUCGUGAUGCACCUAAUGAAUUGAAAAUACUUUUUAGUAGGUACUUGAUGAGGGUCAAUCACAAAUCAGCUUCAACUUUGGAGGGUGUUGAACCAGAAAGGGUGAACAUGAAUUGGCGCACAAGGGAUAAUCAUGUUGAAUGUGGAGUUUUUUGCAUGCAUCAUAUGGAGACAUAUAUGGGAGAUAAAACAGUAAAUUGGACAUGUGGGUUGCCAAAAGAAUCAAAACAACAACAAAGUGUGUUAAACGAGUUACGCAUUAAGUAUUUGACAAAGAUACUAUUGAGUGACACAAACACAUACAAGUUAAAAAUCAUUGCACGAACAGCUAAGUUUGCAAAAAAGACUAAUGAAGAAAUAAAAGAUUUGCUCGACAAGGGAUGGGAAAAAAGGGGAGAAAGGAUAUAG